AUGUCGGCCCUCCAUAUUUGGUCGCCGUCGACGGCUUCUCAAUCGUCCAUGUCUUCUGAAGCUGGAACGCCCGUUACUGUCGUUCUGAAUGACGUCAUUGUUGAUGUUGAUGACGCAAGUUUUCUUUUUAUCUAUUCAGUUCACUGUUGUAGUAAUCAACAAGAGUUCAUUUCGAGCUUUUUAGAAGUUUUCAUUGGCUGAUCCCGCCUUUUUGCAGUUCUGAGAAUUUUCUCGGUAGGGAAAAUGUUAGAAGUUGGGAAAGAUCUUGUUGGAAAAGUUAAAAUUUCUCCCAUUCUGAAAACUGAAUUUCAAACUUUGUUAUGUUCCUUGUCAGUUCAGAGAAAGCAUUUCUCAUAGAAGCUUUUUCUCAAUUUAUUUCCCUCAGGUUCACGUUAAUUUCUCAAUUUUCGACCUCACAAGUGACUUCAUUUUUUGCCUGAACUUUUAAAAAAAGAUUUUUUUGUUCCUUCAUGUAAAAGAUGGAUAAAAUGUUUCAGUUGAUACACUCGGACACGGAAACCAGCGUUUUUCUGUACCAUGUUGAGGAUGAAGAGGAAGAGGAACCUACUAUUUUCGACGAGAAAAAAAUUCCUGAUGAGGUUAGUUUCACUAGCAGAAAAUGAUAAAAUAAGUCGUCUAUCUUUGGAUUUGGGAACAUUUUGAAGAAGCAAAGACCUGUUAGGGCAAAGCGAAUGUUCUUUCGGAAGUUGAUGUUUCUUUGGUGGCCGGUUAUUCCCGAUGGGCACAUUCAUGGGAAUCCUUGGCCUUCGGAAGCUUUUCUAGCUGUUGUCAGAAUUUCAUUUCAUUUUUCGACUCUCUAUCCAACUCUUUCUUUUCUUCCGCUAUGUCGAAUUCUGAUUGCACUGUUUCGAUUCUUGAAUAUUUUCUAGUUUGAAGAAGGCAGAUGUUCAAAUAUUAUGACCCUUUUGGAGCGUCCAACAGCGGAAAAACACUUUUAUUAGAUUUUGUCAUAUUUCUUCUUCCAGGCUCUGAUAUAUUCAAGAUUCAUGAGUUUUUAUUUAAUUCCUCCAUUUUAUUCUUGUUAUUCGCAAAGUUUUUUACUGCCCAACUUUCUAGUUAGUGAGAAAGAACAUCUCAAACUCAAAGACAAUCCUCAAAAUUCGUAAAAAUAGGCCAUUUUGGGGUUUAAGCCCUCGUUUCUCGAAAACAAGAAAUUGUGCAGGUUGAGACUUUUAUGGUCUUCAUGGUACAUCAAGAAGUAUUCUCGAAAAAUUCCAAACCGCAAAGUGAAAUGGCCCCCUUGUUAAAUGAGCUUAUAAUACAAUACAAUAUUUAUUGGUUCGUUAACAAACGGAUCAUUUAUUUUUCUACAUUUUGAAUAUGCAUAGAUUUUUUGAAUUCUUUGCUCUCCAGACCAAUUUCUGUUUUUGAAAUCAAAAAAUCUCGGUUUCUGACUGGAAGCCAUCUUUUUUUUCUAAUUUCCGCGACCUCAUUUUCCAUUUAUGUGCUCUCAAUUGUUUUUCGAAAAGGUAUGCUCCUUUCACGAGGUGAGAUGCGCACCUCAGUGAAAAUAAAGCAACAGAGAGCUGGUUCAAGUGUCAGCCAGCCUCUGAACACGAAAAAGAGCCUGGGCGACCUGGCUCAGUUCAUGCUGCCGGCCCUGAUCGAGAGCCAAUCGGUUGGUCUUUCAUUUUUUGGAAAGAAAAAGUCAUCUCGAUUGCGUCACUCUGCCAAUUUCAGGAGAAGGAGGAGAACAGCCGACGUCGAACGAUCCGUCGAAACCCCAAUGGAAAUCGGCUUCUUCAGAUGGCCAACGCAAGGUUGCGGAAAGGCGCUGCCGGGUUCAUGGAUGUCAGUGUCACAUAUUAUUCCUUGACGUGUUCAUUGAAUUCAAACAAACUGACUUUUUGUGUGGUCCGUUUUUCGCGACUUUUAAGUUUCUCAGAGCCAUCCUCGUUCCUAGCCGUCUCUCUCAAUUUGGCGUUCUAUUUUUUGUUUCUCUGACCUCGCCAAUAAAGGAACAGAGAGACGCAGACACCUGGAAACUUUCAAGCCGCGGCGAACGGACUAUACGUAGAUUUUAGAGAAAGACUCAUAUAAAUAUUAUCGAAUGACGGAAAACUUUCCAUCAGACGAAUUUGUUAUGGAAAAUUGCGAAAAACUGCGAAAAAAAAAACAGCAUGUUUCCUUCGGCUUUUGAAGCCUGUCUGUCAUGUCAUUCUUGCGUUCCUCGGAGCUUCCUUACUGGAAAAGCUCUCCAAUUUAAUUUCUUCUUUUCUUCCUAUUUAAAUUCUUGUUCAAUAUGGUUCUAAACCGAAAGCAGAUUAGAAAUAUCAGUUUCAAGGUUUUUUUUUCUUAGAAAUAAUGGUUUUGAUCCUUUUUUGUAGAUAGCCGAACGGGCACAUUCGGCCGGCAAACGGCGCGUCGAAAAACUCCAGCAAAAGCCGCCCUUAUGGAUGGUCAUCGUCAACAGAGCUUAUCACAAGUACGGGUUAAAGGUAGGAAAUCUAGAGUAAUGAUUGAAAAUAUAAGAACCAGCUUUUUUGUGAUAGCCGAUAUUGAUUGAAUUAAAACCGGGAAAUCCAGAUUUCUUUAGCCUUCAAAAAUCACAGAAGAGGGUUCUUGAUGGGAACAUUUGCUUUGAAUGAUGGUAACUACGAUAUUUGAUUCAGCACUUGGUAUUGAUUCUCGUCUUUCUCGCUUAUACGGCUUUCGGCGGCCUUAUCUUCUGGCUCAUCGAGGAACCAUAUCAAACUGAUCUCAGAGAUCAGUGGAACGAAGUUUGUUAAGAGUUUUAUAGUUUUUUCUCCAGAAAAUCUCUUUGAACCGUACCCAGCGGGUCGGCGCUCUAAUGCAUCGAAUGUUCAACAACUCGGAAUAUUUGGUCUACAUCAAGGGCAACACGACGCUCCGAUUGGUCGAUCUACUUCAUGAGUACGUUGUUUCAUUCUGUUUUCUCAACGGGAAAUUUUUGAUUCUUCAAUUUUUUGACUUGGGAGAUUUUUUUUUGCUUUGAAAGGAAUUUUAGAAAUCGUUAUCGAUCAAAUUAAUGUUUGAAGAGGCCAUUUAUGUUGAAAUAAACUCGACGAAUGCUCAUUUUUAACAGGAAAAUCAAAAAUUUAACUUUGAAAGAGAUUAUAUACUUUCUUCAAUUGACUUACCUCCAGAAAGCUCGUACUAAUACGAAUUUGCUUGUAAAAUUUGAAGUCAGUUCACUCCGCUUGCUUUAAAAUUUAAAUUUCCCAAAUUUCGUUUCCACCCUUUGCGCCCGACUCGCAGCGGUUUACGCCGAAAAAAAGUAUAGACAGGAACGGGCUGAAGGGUCCGAGGUGUGACAAGCAUUGUGAAAAUACUUCUGAGUGAGAACGGCGUCCCAGGAGACCUUCUCGUCGCUCUGUUUGUUAUUCUUGAAAGUUCAGUUCCAUUCUCGAAAGUUCUUCGAGGAAGAUGAUUUCAGCGAACUGAUAAUGUACGAACGACAGCUUGGGAUAAAGUGGAGCCAGCAGAAAAUGGAUUGGGACUUUUGGAAUGCCCUGCUUUUCGCCGGAACUAUCUGCACUACAAUCGGUAAAUAUUUUUCAUUGAAAAGCUGAGAUUCUCGAUUAAGUAAGAAUAAGAAGCUUGUUGUGGCAAAGCUAACAAGAAGUCAGAUUUCUCGGUUUUCCAAGUAAAUUCUUGCUCUAUUUCUCAUUCCCAUGAAGAUUAGAACCAUCCGAAUAUUAAAGGUUUUUCCAAAGAACAAAUUUUUAAAUAGAAAUUUGGUUGGUUGAUAACUCGAAUCUUUAUAUCUGAAGCGGUUUUUUUCCCUUUUACUAUUCAGACAAAUUUUCUGCGUAAAUAAAGUUUCUCCGGCAGGAUAUGGGCACAUAUACCCGAUGACCAGUGCUGGCCGCAUUUUGACCAUGGUUUUCGCCCUUUUCGGUAUUCCAUUGAUGUUGCUGGUCUUGCAAGACUUUGGCAAGCUGCUCACGAUCACGAUGAAAUUCCCGUGGUUUCAAACUAAAAGGCUCCUUCGCCGAAUAAUGAGGUAAUAUCUUUUUUUAAAAACAAGCUCAUUGUCGAUAAUACAUUAUAAAAUAGACAAGGAAAAAUUGUGUCUGGCGAAAAUAGUUAAAGGAAAAUUGGCUGACCUCUUUAGUGGCCUCUCUCUCUGUUUUUCGGGUCGGUAUAAAGGUGUAGAUUCUGAAUCCCAGAUGCUGCACGAAGCAAUCACUGAGCGACAUGCGAGCCAUCGAAGACCAGGAGCGAAGAGAUCUCGAUAUUUUCGACUUGCCUUUGCCUGUUGGCAUCGGAUUGAUCGUCUUGUGGGUGAGUGAGAAGAAAACUGAAGAUGAAAGACCGCAGCUGAAUAACGGCUUCAGAUUUUCGUUUGCGCCUCUGUUUUGUCAAUGUGGGACCAGAACUGGACCUUACUCGAGUCCUUCUACUUUUUCUUUACUUCCCUCAGGUUUCUUUCGGGAAGGAAGUCUGAACUUACGGAAAAUCUCAGCACUGUCGGUUUGGGCGAUUUGGUGCCCUCUUCUCCUCGACUGCUCAUCACCAUGUUCGGCUUCAUUCUCGUUGGCUUGUCCUUGGUUUCCAUGGUCAUCAACCUGCUCCAACUCAAAGUUCCUCCUGUCAGCCGCCCAUUCCUCAUACCAUGACUUCAGAUGAAGACGACUUACGAGGCAGGUCACGUCGAGGACGGAGCUCCCCCUCCGAACGUGACAACUUUGGGAAUUUUGCAGGUUUCCGCAGAUUUUUGUCGUUUUUAACGCUUUUGAGCACUUCAGUGUUUCGAAGAAGACGACAAGAAGUCGCCGUUGUCAGAGAGGAGCCUGAGCCGGUCGACGCAGACGAGUCUGAGCCUGCCUGGCGUCAAACAAGUUCCGAAUCGACUCAACUGUCCAUUGAUUCUGAAGUUCAGGUCGUUUUGAGGUCGGACGGGGUCCAUUGGGUGUCUGAUGUUACCUCCCCGAUGAAAAGUCCCGAUGAGGUUUGUUCGAAUCGAAAACGAGAGAUUAUAUAUUUUUAGGUUACACAUCUUGUCGAAAAUGAGUCCGGUUUGCGCGUUUGCGAACAAAUAGGUAACUUCUUCCAGGAAUCAUGGUUUAUCUUGAAACCCUCAGGAGACAACAACCAUGAAGAUUAUUCGGAGGCUGAAAGUCUGACCUACGAAACUGACGCCCUGCUGGAAGUCGCAGAGUCGCAUUCUGACCUCGAAAUCGUGGGAUGA